UCUGAUUGCUUCACAUUUYUUCUUUUUCUCGACGGAGAAAAAAUCUUAAGAAGUUCUUUACUUCUUUCUUCAAUAACUCUCUGGACUUAAGUUCCUGGGACAUUUGGCUUGCCUAAAACAGUGGCCUUUUGAAUCAGAACUUUUUUCCGGGUUUGAUUUAUCGGAACAGUAACCAUUGCUUGCCAGUGGUUCUGUAGAUCCCCUGAACGGAACACGGACAAGAUUUAAACAAUAUGGACCUUAUGAACGGUAGUGUUCCAUCUGAUACGAUGUUCUCGAGCGGCUCAAUGUAUUCUGGAGCGCCGGGGUUCUCUGUCCCACACGCCGAAACACCUCCUAAUUACAGCGAAAAUCUCACCAGUAAUGGUGGUUUUGACAUCGAAGGAUACCAACCAACAUACGCUGAGGCCUUUCCUCCUCUACCUUGCUCUAACUCUCCAGAUCAACCCCCAACUACUGCACCAAAAUGGCGUGGAACAGGACCCCUUCGUUCAACCAGCAUCACUCAAGUGUUUAAAGUGCCUCUGGAAGAGCGUCGCUUUGCCCAGUUAAAGGACAGUGUGUUAGGAGAUGAACAACAGGGUAUAUGCCGCGACAUUAUGAUGAAGACUGAUGCUGCGAUUGAAAUCAGCUUGGCAAAAGAUCUUAGUCUUACCAUCAUGGUUACAGGGAAGCCUGAAGCUGUUGCACAGGCAAGACGUAUGGUGCUUGCUAAACUACAGACCCAGGCUCAGAUUGAAAUCCACAUCCCUAGAGAACACCACAAGUUUAUCCUCGGCAAGGGUGGCAAGACACUACAACAACUGGAACUGACCACAGCUACCAAGAUUACUAUUCCCCGUGACGGAUCUGAUACCAUCAAGAUCGUUGGAACCAAGGAGGGUGUGGACAGGGCUCGGCAUGAAUUACAGAUCAUCUCAGAUGAACAGGCUAAACUUGCAUUUGAAAGGCUUGCGAUUCCCAGUACCUUCCAUCCAUUCAUUUCUGGACCCAACAAUGAUAUUGCCAAGAAGAUUACCGAGCAGACUGGUGCUAAGAUCAACAUCCCUCCAUCCACCAUGCACAAGGAUGAAAUGACUGUAGCUGGAGAGAAGGAGGGUGUUGCAGCAGCUGUGAAGACGAUCUUGGACAUCUAUGAAGAAAAGAAACGCAAGACCACUACUGUAUCCAUCGAAGUAAGGAAAUCCCAGCACAAGUAUGUCAUUGGACCAAAGGGAGGAACCAUCCAGGAAAUCCUUGCUUUGACUGGAGUCUCUGUCGAGAUUCCUCCAACCGAGAGUGAUUCRGAAACCAUCACUCUUCGUGGUGACCCUGACAAGCUUGGUGUAGCUCUUACCCAGGUGUAUGAGAAGGCAAACAGUGUCAUCUUUGCAGAAGUCGAGGCCCCACGUUGGUUGCAUAGGUUCAUCAUUGGACGCAAAGGACAGAACAUUCGAAAAAUAACCCAGGAUUUGCCCAAGGUUCAUGUUGAGUUCAGCAGUGAAAAGGAUUCUAUCGUUCUUGAUGGUCCCCCAGAAGAAGUAGAAAGGGCUCGGGAAGCUCUGGAAACCUUCAUCAGAGAACUGAUUGCAUCCAUGGCAUAUGCUGAAAUCACUGUUGACCAGAAAUUCCAUCCACACAUUAUUGGAAAGAAUGGUGCUAAUGUGAUGCGCAUCAAGACAGAGACUGGCACAUCCAUCCUUAUCCCAUCCAAUGACGUCAAGAGCAACGUCAUCAGGAUUGAGGGAUCCCCUCAGGGGGUUGAAGCUGCCAAGAAUGAAAUCCUCAUCAUGGCUAAGAAACUAGAAAAUGAAAAGAGCAGAGAUAUUAUGAUCGAACACAGAUUCCACCGUACCAUUAUUGGUUCAAAAGGUGACAAGAUCAGAGAAUUGCGUGACAAGUAUCCUGAAGUACAGAUCUCUUUCCCAGACUCCUCCCUCAAAAGUGAUGUCGUGUCACUGAGAGGUCCUCGAGAAGAUGUGGACAAGGCUUUUGCUUACCUGAAGAAACUGAAUGCUGAAUUGAUUGCUUCUAACUACAUGGUGGAGGUACCCAUCUUCAAGCAGUUCCACAAGAACAUCAUYGGCCGAGGAGGCACCACUAUCAAGAAGAUUCGUGAGGAGACAGACACUAAGAUUGAACUACCAUCUGAAGGAAGCGACAGUGAUGUGAUAGUCAUCACUGGACAUAAGGCCCAGGUUGAGGCUGCUAGAGACAAGAUAUUAGCCAUCCAGAAUGAACUGGCUAACGUGACACAAGGAGAGAUCCAGAUUCCUCACAAGUUCCACAACUCCAUCAUCGGCGCCAAGGGUCGCUUGAUUCGCUCCGUCAUGGAAGAUUGUGGUGGUGUGAGCAUCAAGUUCCCUCCAGAAGGAAGCAAGAGUGACAAGAUUCAAAUCCGUGGCCCUAAGGAUGACGUGGAGAAGGCAAAGAAACAACUCCUGCAACUUUCUAGCGAGAAGGAGCUCAGUAGCUUCACAGCUGAGAUCCGUGCCAAACCAGAACACCACAGAUUCCUGAUUGGUCGCGGUGGUGGCUCAAUCCGCAAAGUACGCGAGGAUACAGGGGCUAGGAUUGUCUUCCCUACAUCCAAAGAUGAAGACAAGGAACUUAUCACCAUCAUUGGAAAGAAAGAAUCGGUUGAAGCUGCCAAAGAACAGCUACUCAAGUCUAUCAAGGAUCUGGACAACAUUUCUGAAGGCGAAGUUCACGUAGACCCAAAAUGGCACAAGCACUUCGUCGCCAAACGAGGAGAAGUCCUCCGUGAAAUUGCUGAUGAGUUUGGUGGUGUCGUGGUGAGCUUCCCUCGCAGUGGAGUCAACUCUGAUCGUGUUGUUCUGAAGGGAGCAAAAGACUGUGUAGAGGCUGCCAAGGCUCGUAUCUUGGAGAUCGUACACGACUUGGAGUCUAUGAUAACCAUUGAUGUUGUCAUCGCUCAGGAACACCAUAGAUCAAUUAUGGGGGCCAAGGGUUGUAACGUACAGGAGAUAACUUCCAGGCACAACGUUCAAAUCAAGUUCCCAGAUCGUGCCACACCAACGGAGGAUGGGGCUGUGAAUGGGGAUUCUGAUGGUAUGAAUGGAGACACUCAUCAACCCAAAAAAUGUGAUGUCAUUGUUGUUACGGGCAAGAAAGAAGAGGCCGAAGCUGCCAAGGCUGACCUUCUGGAACUGUUACCCAUUACAGAGCAGAUGACUAUUCCAUUUGACUACCAUCGCUUCAUCAUCGGCAACAAGGGCGCCAAUGUCCGUCGUUUGAUGGAUGAAUAUAAUGUUAACAUUGCCAUCCCACCCGCCAAAGACAAGUCUGAUGUUGUCAACGUUGUUGGCCCAAAGGCUAAUGUUGCGAAGGCCAUGGACGCGCUCAGGGAGAAGGUGGAUGAGAUUGAAGCGGAGAACGAGGACAGAGCCCUCCGUAGCUUCAAACUGGACAUUCAAAUUGACAGCAAAUACCACCCCAAGAUCAUUGGACGUAAGGGUGCUGUAGUCACCAGUAUUCGCAAGGAGUAUGACGUCAACAUUCAGUUCCCUCCAGUCAAUGCAAGUGAUGAAGACAAAAACAGAAUCACUCUGACAGGAUACGAACAGAACUGUGAGAAAGCCCGUGAAGCCAUCAACAAGAUUGUACAAGAACUGGAAGAUCAAGUAACCGUGGAGUUGAACAUCGAUCCACGUAUUCAUAACCGUCUGAUCGGAUCCAAGGGGCGUACCAUCAGGAAGUUCAUGGAUACGUACAAGGUUGACAUCCGCUUCCCCCGUACCAAGGGUAACGAGCCUGUUACCAUCACGGGUCUUGCUGCUGACGUGGAAGAAGCCAAGGAACAGCUUGAGCUCCUUGAGGAGGAAUACAUGCAAGACAUCAAGGAAGAAAUCGAGGAAUACGACAUGGUGAAUUACUACAUGCACCCGCCAAGCAAGAACUCGUCAUCCGAGCCACAAGGUUACGUUGUGCGUGACGCACCUUGGAGUAACGCAAAACCAAAAUCCACUCCAGCCAAGGAAUCUAACCAUCAAGAAGCCCAGUUCCCACAACCACCCGAUACAUUUAAUGCCCUAGACUUCCCCUCCAUAGGUACCUCUGUGUCCCCAAAAAAUGUAGUGUGGGGACGUCAUAGCCGUUAGAAAUACCUCAGUGAAUUCCCCUGGGGAGUGGUCGUGGUAGAAUUUUGUUAGCUUUGUGUUGUUUAGUAAACCUGUYUUUUUUUGACCACACCCAACGGGACCACGUGUUGCCACACCUAUUAUACCCAAACACGUGCUGCCAUGCCCUUUUUAAUUGCUGCCUCUCAGAAUAGUCAAUUAAUUUUUCUUACUAAUAAGGAAACUUCUUAAAUUCAAAUUUGUUCCAUAAUAUUUUCAGUGAAUAAUGAAAUCUCCCUUUUUAUUAUGUUCAAAUGAAUUCAGAUCGUACUUUUUGAAAAUGUGAUUCGUAAUUGCUCAGAAGCUGAGCUACAUACAACGCCACAGGAAGCCCAUUUCUAGUCACGCAUCGUACAACAUUUAGAUGUCUGUAAGAAUUACCAAGAGAAAUUUCUCUUGUUCCAUUAUUUUUGAACCAAUCGUUUUGAGUUCCUGUGUAGUGCAUGUCGUAUCUUUUAAAUUUAUGCCAUUGUCACGAAGCGUCUAAGCGUUACGUCAUAACUUGUAACGCAAUCUUUGUCACGCAACUCAGAGAAUUAUUUUAAUGAAAAUUAAACCAUGAAACAUGGAAAGACGAAUAUAAUAAAACUUUUAAAAAACGGA